CGGUGGACAUGCGCGGAACUGCAGCGAAUAUGGCGGCUUGCAUCUGAUGGAAAGUGAGGAAUCUCCCAUCAAAACACCCAGUUUCAGACGGUCGGUAUACGGCUCAUGUCUCGUUAUUAGUCUCAUGUGCUGCCAGUGAGUGGGUUUCUCUCUGGGUUGCGAUCCAAAGCGGUGCUCCUUCCUGCUGUGCGUCCCUGCAGAGGAAGGACAACAGACUGUGUUUCUGUGCAGGCGGACAGCUCGUGUCUGUGUAGGUAACGUUCUGCAGUACUCCAGCUCCUCUGAAGCUGCACGUUUCACUUUGGUCAUCAUGGGCCGAACACCACACAGAGAUCAAAAAGAGGAGAAAGAGAGACAAAGCAGCAUCACAGCAGGAUCUCCCCUCGACAAAUCUAAUGAACCGUUCAGUUGGGAAGACUAUCUGAGAGAAACAUCCUCCACUGCAGCAUCGCCUAAUUCAUUCAAACAGUCCAGAGUCCCACCCUCCAAUGACUUUAAAGCAGGGAUGAAACUUGAGGCGCGGGACCCUCGCAACUCAAACUCUGUGUGCAUUGCAACGGUGAUGGGCAUGAUGGGUACUCGUCUUCGCUUGCGCCUGGAUGGAAGUGACAACACCAACGACUUCUGGAGACUGAUAGACUCAUUAGACAUCCAACCAAUAGGAACCUGCGAGAGGAAUGGAGACAUGCUGCAGCCUCCGCUGGGUUUCAGGAUGAACGCUUCGUCAUGGCCUAUGUUCCUCCUAAGGACGCUGAGUGGAGCAGAGAUGGCCCCUGCCUCUGCUUUUAAAAAGGAACCACCCACCCCAGCUAAAAACUACUUCCUGCCUGGUAUGAAGCUGGAGGCGGUGGACAGAAAGAACCCUUACCUGAUUUGUCCUGCCACAGUUGGAGAAGUCAGAGGUCAGGAGAUUUUCGUCAUGUUUGACGGCUGGCGAGGUGCCUUUGACUAUUGGUGCCCCUUCGACUCCAGAGACAUCUUCCCCGUCGGCUGGUGUGCCCUGACAAAACACAGCCUGCAGCCACCUGGAAAUUUCUUUACCCUCCCUGGUGCGCUCCUCGCACCCGUUUCUUCCACCUCAGCCUCCCUUACUGCACGUCGCUCCUCUUCCAACUCCUCCUCCUCCUCCUCCAUGCAGACCUCAUACCGACUGCCCAACCCCUUGCCACCGCUGCCUGUGCGCAAGGGUGUCCGAGGUCGUCGUCCCAAAUCCCAGACUAUUGCUUUGUUGAAGGCAGCGGCCGAAGCUGCGGCAGCAGCGGCAGUAAAUGGAGCAUCACAGAGCCCUGCCAGAACGAGCACUGAGUCUCAACUGGCCCCCAGACCACACAAGAAGAGAGGGCCCAAGCCCAAGAACAAGAAGAAGCCUCGGGUGGUGCAAUCUCCUGGGGCACCAGCAGUUAUAGUUCCACCUCCAGAGACCAGACUGAACUCCAGAGACGUCCCAGCAGACAACAACCAUAGCAACAGCUCAAAUGUAGUUUGCACAGUGUGUGUCUAUGUAAACAAGCACGGUGACUAUGGCCCGCAUCUUGACAGAAAGCUAGUGCAGCAGCUCCCGGACCACUUUGGUCCAGCUCCAGUCAACGCAGUGCUUCAGCAGGCUGUCCAGGCAUGCGUGGACUGUACGUACCAGCCCUCCGUGAUGCUGUCCUUCCUACAGAGCCAGUCACAUACAGGAGGAGAGGUCAUCAGAGUGCGGUCAGAGCAUGGUAUCCGCUACGUGAAGCUGCCCUCCGCUUCCAGUACGUCUUCUGUGCUGCGGUUCCUGGAGAACAUGUGCCUACACCUGGAGAGUGACAGCCUGUUCAGCUCGCAGCCAUUCAGCCCGUUCAACAACAACACACGCUUCUACAACAGGACAAAGUCAGAACCACUGUCCCACCCUGAGAACGGCCUGUCUAACGACGAUUCCACAAAGGAUCCCAAUCCCAGCACCCGGCCCCCUCACACUGCAACCGCAACGGACUACAGAGCAACAAAGAAGGAGCGUCCAUAUUACCCAGGACACACACACACGCCACCACCCCUACGACGCGUCAGCUCCAACCCAACAGAACUCGGCCAGAUGUGUCCACCUAGACGAGUGGAGGCAGCCAGCUCAACAACAGGCCCAGACCACCUGAAACAGGACAAGGAGGGUUCAGGGAACAACGCCUCUUCCUGGUCAGUUGAUGAGGUCAUGCGGUUUGUCCAAGAGGCUGACCCUCAAACUCUCGGCCCACACGUCGAACUGUUCAAAAAACAUGAGAUCGAUGGCAGAGCUCUGAUGCUGCUGCGCAGUGAUGUCAUUAUGAAGUACAUGGGACUGAAGCUGGGCCCGGCGCUCAAACUCUGUCAUCACAUUGAGAAGCUGAAACAGACCAAACAAUAGAGGAUGAAGGCGCUCUCUCUUGUCACUGGCAACCAAACCUCACACACAAACACGCAUUACUCUACAGGGAUGUGUCAGUGUAAAUCCAGCUGAACCCGGGCCGAGGCUUCCAUUGUGGACACUGAGGUCCAGUGCUCUGGAUUUAUUUGUGUGAUUGUGACUUAGCAACCUGCAGGGAUAUUACAAAUACAAAGCUACACAUGAUCACGGUAUUUUUGGAAUCAAGCUGUUUAAAUUGGACAAUGUUUUGGCUAACAAAUACAUUCAUCAACAGAAUUCAGACCAGAAAGUAUAAUUGAACAGUUAACUGAAUAAAUAAAAUAUGAAAAAUACAUGUUGUUAAAAACAUUUGAGAUCCUCAUUUAGAUUUCAGGGUGAUGUGGCGUGCAUCAGGGUACUUAUGACCUCAGUUAGUCUUAAACCCCGGCCUCGGCCCUGAUCUGAACACAGUUGUUUUUUAAUUUCCUUUGACAUAAAAAACAGACACACAGUACAUUAAUUCAUCACUUGCAUACGUGUAAUGAUUAUCAGAUAUCUCAGCAUUUUUGUUUAUGUUUUCUUCUUUUUUUCCUUAUUGUGAAAGACUGGAGGGCAUUAUUUAUCAAACUUUAAUUUACCAGACAUGCUGUAGGCUUUGCAGCUUUGUCUCUUCAGAUAUCUAGCUGUUUAAGAAUUUAUCCCCAAUCACAAUUUCAGGAUGGAUUGGAAAAGUUAGUUCAGGUACCGGCAGUAAAUCUCUCACUGAAUUAUUUCUAAUAAUGCAAUUAAGUUUAUGAAUGACUGCAUUUACAGGCUGUCAGAUUUAUUUAAUGCAAGCCAGUUGAUGUAUGAAGUCAUGAGCAUAAUAACUGACAGGUACUAAACAACAGGAGGGCCCCUGUUAAGUGAAUGAGAAGUGUUGAAGGGUUUCAGUCCAAGAUGCUGGAGAAAUCAUCUUUGUUGCAUAAAUGAUUCCUGUCCUCAAACACUUUUUUUGACACCACUUAAAUUAUGGAUAUCUUAUCUAGGAAGAAAGUCUGUUUUGUGUGCUGGAAGACAUUCAAGCUGAACAGUUUACACUUGAGCACUGAUGUGGCUUCAUGAUUGUAUUCUGCUUGGACAGUCACACCACAUAUACCCAUAACAAUGACUGGAAUACUGUAAGUGCUGACAUUACAAUAGACACAACUGUCUAGUUUUAGUGCUGUACAGAACGUUGAGGAGAGCGUACAUGAUGAGGAAACUGUUUUGUAUAAAUCGAGACAAAAGGUUGUUUUUUGAUAUAAUUUUGUACUGUAACAAAUUGUAUCAAGCGUAAGUGUACCGUAAUCACUUACUUCUGCCUGAAAUAGUUUUUGUUUGCACCAUCAAAUAACUACCUGCAGGACAAUGCUGUGUCUGAGUAAUUAUUCACAAAGUAUUAAUCUGUUUUUCAAUGGCAGAAAUACACAUUUUCUGAACAUUUCAGAACCCCUUUCAAACCAAAUCAUGUGUGUUGUAGCUGCAUUUCACACUGUUGCUCUCCUGUAGUGGUGACAGGUUGAUGCUUGAACCUGUCUUGCUUUAAUGUGAAACUCAGGUUUUAGUAGAGGUUGUUUUGUAGAUGUUUUACAUCUCUAGCAUUCUGUGUUCAUUGCUACGACAUAGAGGGACUGCACAAUAACCGACUUUGUAUAUUUUCUAUACCUUGUCAUCGAUCGCUCUGUCUGCAGCCUUUCAUGUGUAAAUAUGUGACUUUUUACUGUAAGUUCAACAUAAAAAUGGUUGUUGAAUAUGUUUGAUAUGCA